ACUGUCCAUUACCGUCUCAGGCCAUGACAGUCCCAAUUACAUGAGUUUCUUGAUGAUAAUGGUCGACCUACCUGCUGAAAUCUGAAUCCGAAUCGGUAAAAAGCAGCGGAUCGCAUCACUGUCCGUCACUUCCGCCCUGAUUACUGCCUUCUGCUGCGUCCGUAUGUCAACGUGUGCUUUUUCCUAGAAAUUAUUAGUCAUAUUUUCUUUUCUUCUUGCAUUUGGAGGAGGAUAUGGAAGGAACCAGCUCACUAAAGAACUGCUUUAUGGGCAGGAGAUUGGAGAGUAGCUGAUUAAUGAUAUCUUCUUAGAAGUCUGCCAGGUUUCUAGUUGGAAUCAGUUAAUCGAAUUAUGUGGACGAAUAUAUUUAGAAUUGGAGAAUUUCAAGUUAUUUCAUGGUUUCAGUUUCUUCCAAGUGAACCUGAGUCAUCAUCUUUGCAUGAAAAAAGUUCAAAAGCAGAGCAGAAAGAUGCUGCUACCUGCUCCGUGCUUUCUGCUCACCUUAAGUUACAGAAUGAUGGCUUUCUCAGCACAUGGACUAACUCUUUUGUUGGCCCCUGGGAUCCUUCCCAAGGUGUGCACAACCCUGAUGAAAAAAUCAAACUUUGGUUGUUUGUUCCCGGACGCUAUUCUUUAGUAGUGGAUACUGCUCAAAAUGCAGUUUCAAAAUUGAGAGUUGUUGGACGAGGAGUGUGGAUUGCUCCUGGAGACUCUGAAGAGGUUGCUGUUGCACUCUCUCAAGCAUUUAGGAAUUCGAUUGAAAGAGCAUUCAAAGGGCUUUCUUAUGUGAGAUUUGGGGAUGUUUUUGCUAAAAGCCAUUCUGCAUCAAGAGGAAAAAGCUUCAGGAAAGUUCAGCCAGUUUGUGAAUUCAUUUUUGCUGCAACUGAAGAAGCAAUUUAUAUACAUGUGAUUAUGUCUGCAAAGCAUAUUCGCAACCUUUGUGAUGAUGACAUAGAAAGAGAAAGCAUUCUUCGUCAAAUUUCAAUAGGAAAGGGCUUCCCAGUUUUUGUUUCUCCUAAUGGAAUACGAGGCACGCUUACCGGGUGUUGUCCUACCGACCUUGUGAAGCAAGUGUAUGCCAACAAACUGAAAGCUGGUAAUGAAAGCGCAAAUGGUUUACCCUCUAUCACGCUGUCCUCUGGCUAUCAAUUGAGGGGCCAAAGCUGCUUUGUUGAAGUCACUCUUGGCUGUCCAUCUACAUCUAGUAAGGACGCUCAGGAAAAAAAUGGUAGUCGAGAAUUAAAUGCAAUAAAUCCGAAUGUUGAAGAGUCUUGCGUGGUUUCUUCAGACAAAAGCCAGCAAUCUGACCCCUUUCCUGUACUUGAAAGGACAUUCAUUUAUUCUGCAGAGUCUGUGCUGGUUCCUGUUUUGCACAGAGCCUUUGCUAGAUCUUCCCUGAAAAGGUUCUUCCUCAAAGGUUGGGCUGGGGCAUCACUUCAAGAGUUGUGGCCAUUUUGGACAUUUUCCUCUUCAUCCCAGUUUUUACAACGUGAGUUCCUGGAUGCACUUGGGAUUGAUUUCAGUGGCAGAGGACUGAAGCGAAAAUGUAAUAGCACUAGUAAUAGUAGCUGUAGUAGCACCAGCAGCACAGGCAGUACAUCCAGUGGAAGCGAUGUUGCAGCUGGUAUUGUAACUGGUGACCUGGAAGCUGAUGCUGAUUCUUUAAACUCCAGGCAGUCUGGAUUAUCUUCGAAUGAUCUGUUUGAUAAUGAUGGCAAGAAGAUGGUUUCUAAGCGUGUUCGCUCAAGUGUCACUGAUGUUUUUGGUCAAGCAGCCACAAUCGCAAGUGCAACUACACAAAAUGCAGCCAAAUCUGAAUUUAGCGUUGUUGAUGCAAAUAAUUCAGCUAUUGGUGGAUCUGCAAAUGCUCAAGUUUGUUCAAGUUGGGAUUGGAAUGAUGAGGACAGAGGUUUUGGUAUAGACAUCCAAUCACUUCUCGCAGAGUUUGGAGACUUCGGUGACUUCUUUGAAACUGAUGUACUCAAUUUUGGUGAGCCACCAGGAACUGCCGAGUCUCAGGUCAUUGUAUUUCCAUCUAUUGAUUGUGGAGAUAUCAGCGGCAGUCCUUGUACAGUUGGAAUCGAUAGUCCUGACCAGAGAAUAUCGGCGGUUGGUCUUACGUCUUCUGAGAACUAUAACCAACCAUCUUCAACAUUUAUGGAGGAUAAUGAUGCUACCAAGGAUGCUAAAUCAUCUGUUACAAUAACUCAUUCUUUGAUAUCAUCCAAUGGAAAGUUCGACAAAUUGACCAAAGCAGAAGCCGUACUGUCAUUUGCCCCAGAAUAUGCAGCAGUUGAAAUAUUUUCGACAGAGUUCAGCAUCUCAAUUUUUAGAAAUCCAUACUUACCAGGUUCUAAAAAGGUUGAAGCUUCACCCAUACCCUCUUCUGCUUAUGUUUAUGGUGCAACACCGCCUUCUCCUUCAUUUUCUGAUAAGGAGGAAGGGUUUGAAAAAUCUUCUAAAUUAAAACCUGUUACUGGCCUAUAUGCUGUAAGUUCUCACGGUCAGCUUGGGAAAUUAUAUACUUUUGUGAAAACUGCGCCUAAAAAGAGCGACAGUAAAUUGUUCGGUGAUAGCAUGCCAUCAAAUAAAGGACAAAAAUCGUCUUCUCUUUUUGUGAUGAAUUCAUCCAGUGGAACUUCUCCAUUGCAUAAAAACAGUGAUAGUGCAUUUGAGGCAGGACAUUUUCUUCUCUCCUUGGAGACUCUACUUGCUACUGAAAUUGAGUGCAUAAUAUUCCAGGUUGCUAUGUGCAGGAUUCGGCACACUUUAUUAUCUUUUAACAACAGAGUUCAUAUUGGUUUGAAUAAACUAAGUGGGGAUGCUAUGCUUGAUCUUAUUUCAUUUGACACUAGUGGCAUGCCUGAUAUGAUUCCCACCAAAUAUGAAGAAAAGAAGACAGAAAUGCUACCCGUUAGAAUUGCAGGCGAUGUUCAUAUUGGAAUGUUGGAUGCGCCUGUAACUGGAUCUGUUGGUGUUUGGCGUCCAGUUAGUGUUCCAAAAGGGACAAAGCCUUCUUCACCAUCCUUGCCGCAUAAUUUGACAAAUGAAGAAAUCAUUUUUUUUCAUGGGCAAAAGCAGCCUCUUCAGGAACUGCUUGAUGCAAUUGGCCUACUUGUUCAACAAUCCGCUUCUUUUGUUGAUGUUUCUUUUGAUAUGGAUGAUGUUGAUGGCUCCUAUUCUUGGCUUGCAUUAGAGGAGCAGCGGAGGAGGGGUUUCUCUUGCGGUCCUUCUAUGGUUCAUGCUGGAUGUGGCGGAAUCCUUGCUUCAUGCCACUAUGUGGACAUUGCUGGCAUUGGGUUAAUGGAUCCGCUUUCAGCUAAUCUUCAAGUUUCAAAUGUAAUUAGUUUGCUGCAGUCGGACAUUAAAUUAGGAUUAAAAUCUGCUUUUCCUAGUUCAGAAGGUCCUCUCUCCUUGACUGAAUGGUGUAAAGGACGUCACCAAUUAGGUGAUUCAGGAACCUGUGGAGAUGGUCAUCCUUUUCAAUUUACCAUGGGCGAGUCUAAGGAUUCUCAAAAUACAGUGUCUUUGGGAAGCGAGCCAAUAAGUCCACCACAAUCAGGUGGUGGCUCUUCGUGCAUUAAAGAGGGUGUUAGAAUUGAUGAUUCUACUCCAAGAAGGUCAAAUCAAGACAUUUCCUGCUCAGAGUUAGAUGCUCAGAAAUUGACUUCUCGAUUUAAACCUACUCUAGCAGUUCUCUCCUUACCAACUUUACUUGUUGGUUACCAGGAUGAUUGGUUGAAAACCUCGGUUAACUGUCUUCAAUUGUGGGAGAAGGCUCCACUAGAGCCUUAUGCCUCGCCUAAGCCUGUUUCCUAUUUUGUUGUCUGUCCUGAUAUUGAUCUCCUAACAUCCGCUGGUAUUGAUUUUUUCCAACAGCUAGGAACUGUUUAUGAGGCAUGCAAGCUUGGUUCUCAUACUCCUCAAAUCAAUGGAGGUUUAAAGGAAUCUUCAUCUGGAAAAUAUCCAUCUUCUGGUUUUUUGCCUGUGAAUUGUCCACAAGAGCUAAAGGUUGCAGGCAGUAACUUGUUAUCUUUUAGUUCAAUAACUGAUUAUUUUGCCGCUCUUUCAAAAUGCUGGAAUGUGAAGGGUUUUCUCAACUCUGUCAAAAUGGUUCUCAAGGAUUUGAAGCUUGCUGCAAAUCCCUCUCCAAAUCAUAAAGAACACAGCAUUGGUCCUUGUAUGGUUGUGUAUGUUGUGUGCCCCUUUCCUGAGCCCACAGCAGUUUUGCAGACGGUUGUCCAGUGCUCGGCUGCUUUGGGUUCUGGCGUUCUAACAUCAGACAAGGAGAGACAGUCUUUGCUGUACGAUCAGGUUGCCAAGGCUCUCAUUUCCUCUGCUGCGGUGGAUGAAGCAUCGGCCUCAAAUGUGGUGAUGCUCUCUGGUUUUCGUAUUCCCAAACUAGUCUUACAGAUAGUAACAGUGGAUUCCUUAUUAAGAUUAAACAAGCCAUCUAAAGAGCUUGCAAUUUUUAAAGAAAUUGCAUUCACUGUAUACAAUAAAGUACGGAGAAUCCCAAGAGCUGCUUCGGGUGCCGACACUUUUCAGUCAUCAGCCAUUUCGGGUAGACCUCAAUCAGGAGUGAUGCAUGUAACCUCUCCUAUUCCAGGCAUCUGGAAGGAUUGUCUUGCACCUCGUAUUUCUGGCUCAGCUCUUCCUAGAGAGGCUGAACUUGAUUCAUCCUUGAGACCAGUUGCAUGGGAUAAUUCAUGGCAGGCGAGGAUUGGAGGAUUAAGCUCUGAUCCUACUAGGUCAGUGGAGCUAAUUCUUCAAGAUGAUCCAAGAUAUGUUUUUGAGCCACUUUUUGUAUUGGCAGAACCUGGGUCAGUCGAACACAGCCUUUAUCCCGCCGUGCUUCAUGGCAUCAUGCCAGAAUCUUCUAGUUCAAAAUCUUCUAUUGAAGAUAGUAGUGGUAUAUACCCACAAAGUUCGAGUACAGUAGGAUCUGCAGAUAUUGGCAAGGGCUCCUCGCUUGAUGGAUCGGAUCAUGACAAUAGGGCUGCAAAUCUUCAUUGUUCUUAUGGGUGGACUGAAGACUGGCGCUGGUUGAUCUGCAUCUGGACAGAUUCUAGGGGAGAGUUGCUUGAUUGCAGCAUAUUUCCCUUUGGCGGCAUCAGCAGCCGCCAAGACACAAAAGUUUUGCAAAACCUUUUUGUUCAAGUUCUUCACUACAGCUGUCAAAUACUAUCUUCUUCUUCCUUGGAUUCAGGCUGUAGGCUAAGGGAUAUAAUAAUUACCCGUAUUGGAUGUUACUUCGAGCUUGAAUGCCAAGAGUGGCAAAAGGCUAUAUAUUCUGUUGGUGGGAAUGAUGUCAAGAAGUGGCCUGUACAACUUCGACGUGCCAUGCCCGAUGGUGUUUUGAACAAUAAUGGAGCUUCUCUUGAGCAGCAAGAAAUGGGGUUGAUUCAAGAAAGGGCCCUGCCUUCUUCACCUAGUCCGUUGUAUAAUCCUCAUUCUAAGUCUAGCUUUAUCAAAGGCAGCCUUGGGCAAACUAAUGCCAAAAAGCAGAUUUUACCUGGACCGACAGGAUUGGACAGCUCAAGGGGAUUACUACAGUUGGCGCGGAGUAUAAGUUUAGUCAGCGUUUCAGUAGAUCACACCCUGCAUCUAGUCGUUCCUUCAGACUCUUCUUCUGCAGGUGUUGGACAGAGCAAUAGCACCAACUCCGGCCUCUCAACCUAUCUGGAGGGCUUCAGUCCUGUAAAAUCCCUCGGAUCAACGCCAGCUUCAUAUCUCCUGAUUCCCUCCCCCAGCAUGCGUUUUCUACCACCAUCCCCAUUCCAGCUUCCCACAUGCUUGACAUCAGAAUCGCCGCCCCUCGCCCAUCUCCUCCACAGCAAAGGCUCUGCAAUCCCUCAGUCGACCGGUUUCAUCGUUUCCAAAUCCAUCCCAACCCCUAGGAAAGAUUUUGUCGAGCCCAUCAAAGAAGAUUGUCCGUCCAUCUUAUCGGUCAGCCUCGUCGAUCACUACGGCGGACAAGAGAAGUUGGCGGCGGUGCGCGGCGUCGUCAGCACGAAGCAGGGAAGGAGCAUGGGGACGGAGCCUGUCUCCAGAGAUUAUGAGAUGGAGGCGAAUCUGGUCCUCGAGUCGGUCGCCGCCGAGCUCCACUCACUUUCAUGGAUGACUGUGAGCCCUUUGUUCUUGGAUAGGCGCUCUGCACUGCCUUUUCAUUGUGAUAUGUUGCUGAGACUCAGAAGGCUUUUGCAUUACGCGGAUAAAGAGUUCUGCAAGGCUUCUGAAAAGAUAGAAACUGCAGUUACAGAUUUGUGAGUAGUGGUUAGUUUUUGUAAUAUUCAGAUUUGCAUGUUAACAUCACUUCUGAUUGUACACUUAGAGUUAGUGCCGGCCUUUUUGAUUCUUGUAAAUAACUCUCCAAGUAUUCUGGUGUAAUUGUGUAACAAAUUUUGUAAUUACAUUCUUGUGCUUUAGGGUGUAUGUAAAAAAUAGCUUUUUUUUUUU